GCAAUUCCAUGGAUAUUGUUCAUUUCAUUACUGUUGUUGUUUCCAUACUUAUCUCUUCUUUACAAGCUUCUGGGGCAGUUGAUUCCAUCCUUCAGCCCAAUUCCUUAAUGACUGAUGGCAUGACAUUAGUGUCCAAAGGUGGAAGCUUUGAACUUGGCUUCUUCAGUCCUAGAAGCUCUGGUAAACACUAUCUGGGAAUUUGGUACAAGAACGUCCCCAUUCAGACAGUUGUUUGGGUAGCAAACAGAGACAAAUCAAUCAAUGGUUCCUCUGUCACUGCUAAAUUAAUGCUCAACAGCACAGGCAACCUCGUCCUGGCCCAAGAUGACACUAUUAUUUGGAAUUCAACUUCUCUGAAACAAGUGCAGAAUCCAGUGGCUGAGCUCUUGGAUUCUGGAAAUCUUGUGGUUCGAGAUGAGAAGGACGAUGAUCCAGAAGCAUAUUUGUGGCAAAGCUUUGACUACCCAAGUGACACACUGCUCUCGGGGAUGAAAUUGGGAUAUGACCUGAGAACAGGUUUGAAUAGACGUCUAACAGCCUGGAGGACUCCGGAAGAUCCAUCUCCAAGUGACUUUUAUCUAACUCUAGCCCCCCGUGACUAUCCUGAAUUUUAUAUAAUGAAAGAAGGUUCAAAGUUCUUCAGAAAUGGACCAUGGAAUGGCGUGGGACUUAGUGGCUCACCAGAACUGAAAGAGAAUUACAUUUUCGAUUUUGAGUUCGUAUCCACAAGAAAUGAGGCUUUCUAUCGGUACACCCUCAAGAAUAGUUCUAUAAUCUCAAGGUAUACGAUCAACCUAACUGAGCAAGCAGAUAUUCGCUAUGUGUGGUUGAAAGGUGAUGAAAAUUGGAAGCUUUAUGCUAAAAAGCCUAGUGAUUACUGUGACCAAUAUAAGCUGUGCGGGCCCAAUGGGAAAUGUGUCAUUACUGAAUCACCCCCCUGUCAAUGCCUUAAAGGGUUCGUGCCUAAGUCACCACAGAAAUGGAACUCAGUGGACUGGUCCGAUGGAUGUGUCCGCAAUAAACCUCUAAACUGCUCUGAAAAAUACGCAGACAAGUUUAUGAAAAUGGAAGGGUUGAAAUUGCCGGAAACUACAAAUUCUUGGCUUGAUGAGACAAUGAACCUAGUGCAAUGCAGAGAGAAGUGCUUGGAUAAUUGUUCUUGCAUGGCCUACACUAAUUCAGAUAUCAGAGGGGCAGGCAGUGGUUGCGUCUUGUGGUUUGGUGAUCUAAUUGAUAUCAAGUAUUAUGCAUCAGGAGGACAGGUUUUGUAUGUUCGAAUGCCUGCUUCAGAAUUAGAACCUGGGAGAAAUAAAAAGUUGAUAAUGAUCGUUGCCAUCACCAUUGCUGUGAUUUUAUGCAUUCUUUUAGUUGGGAGCUAUUUCAUUUACAGAGUCUGCAGGAAGAGGAUUGAGAAAUCAAGAAAUGCAGGAGUUGAAAUUCAAAACAAUGAAAGAGAUGAUCUAGAUCUCCCACUGUUCGAUCUUCCAACAAUAGCACAAGCCACUGAAAAUCUUUCAGAGAAGAACAAAAUCGGAGAAGGUGGAUUUGGACCUGUAUAUUGGGGAAAGUUACUAAAUGGACAAGAAAUUGCUGUGAAGAAGCUUUCAAGAAGAUCAGAACUUGGAUUGAUUGAAUUCAAAAAUGAAGUAAAAUUUAUAGCCAAACUCCAACAUCGAAAUCUAGUAAAACUUCUUGGCUGUUGCAUUCAUGAACACGAAAAGUUGUUGGUAUAUGAGUACAUGCCAAAUAGAAGUUUGGACUCCUUCAUUUUUGAUGAAACCAAAAGGAAAUUGUUGGACUGGUUUAAGCGCUUCCACAUUAUUAUGGGUAUUGGUCGAGGUCUUUUAUAUCUUCAUCAAGAUUCAAGGUUACGAAUCAUUCAUAGAGAUUUGAAAACAAGUAACAUUUUACUUGAUGAUAAGUUGAUUCCAAAAAUAUCAGAUUUUGGGUUAGCUAAAACUUUUGGAGAAGAGGAAAAAGAAGGCAGUACAAAGAGAGUAGUGGGCACUUAUGGAUACAUGGCUCCUGAAUACGCAGCAGAUGGGCUAUAUUCAGUGAAAUCCGAUGUUUUUAGUUAUGGUAUAUUAAUGCUAGAAAUUAUUAGUGGAAAGAAAAACAGAGGAUUUUAUCUAGAAGACUCAACACACAAUCUUGCUAGUCAUGCAUGGUUACUAUGGAAAGAAGGAAAAGUUUUAGAAUUGCUUGACAAGAACAUGCAGGAACUGUGCAAUGUAUCAGAAGUAGUAAGGUGCAUUCAUGUGAGUCUGUUGUGUGUGCAACAAAAUCCAGAUGAUAGACCCACCAUAGCAUCUGCAAUUUUGAUGUUGGAAAGUGAAGUGGCACUCCCUGAACCUAAACAGCCUGGUUUCUUUCCUGGCGUGGGCUCACUCAAGGAGCAUACUUCUAGCCCAAAUCAGAAGGAAUGCAGCUCAACCAAUAAAUUUUUCUGCAACAAGAGGAAUUUAGCUUGUAUUGGCCUUCCCUAUAGACUCUACAAUUCCAUGGACAUUGUUUCUUUCAUCACUACCGUUGUUUCCAUACUUGUCCCUUCUUUCCAAGCUUCUGUGGCAGAAAGUUCCAUCCUUCAGUCUAAUUCCCCAAUGAGUGAUAGCACGAGAAUAUUUUCUAAAGGUGGAAGCUUCGAACUUGGCUUCUUCACUCCUGGAAACUCCGGUAAACAGUAUCUGGGGAUUUGGUACAGAAGCAUCCCAAUUCAGACAGUUGUUUGGGUAGCAAACAGAGAUAACCCGAUCAAUGGUUCAUCUACCACUGCUACUUUAACACUCAACAGCACAGGUAGUCUUGUCCUCACCCAAAAUGAUAGUGUUAUUUGGUACUCAACUCCUCUGAAACCAGUACAGAAUUCAGUGGCUGAGCUCCUAGAUUCGGGAAACCUUGUGGUACGACAUGAGAGAGGCCAGAACUCAGAAGCCUAUUUGUGGCAAAGCUUCGACUAUCCGACUGACACACUGCUCUCGGGGAUGAAAUUGGGAUGCGACCUAAGAACAGGUUUAAAUAGACGUCUAACAUCUUGGAAGACUCCAGAAGAUCCAUCUCCUGGUGAUUUUUCUAUAACUGUCGACCCUCGUAAUCAUCCUGAAUUAUAUAUACUGAGAGGAAAAUCAAAGUUCUUCAGAACUGGACCUUGGAAUGGCGUGGGAUUUGGUGGCUCCCCGGAACUGAAACAAAAUCCUAUUUUUGAUUUUGGGUUCGUAUCAACUAGAGAUGAGAUAUACUAUUAUUGGCACAGCCUCAAGAAUAGUUCUGUUAUCUCAAGGUAUGUGAUCAACCAAACUGAGGAGGCUCGAAUUCGAUAUGUGUGGACGAAAGGUGAGGAAAAUUGGAAGAGUUAUACUAAAAAGCCUAGUGACAAUUGUGAUCAAUAUAAGUGGUGUGGACCUAAUGGGGAAUGUGUUAUCACUGGAUCACCCCCAUGCCAAUGCCUAAAAGGGUUCACCCCCAAGUCACCUCAGAAAUGGAACUCAGUGGACUGGUCUGAUGGAUGUGUCCGCAAUAAACCUCUGAACUGCUCUGAAAAUGGCACAGACAAAUUUAUAAAAUUGGAAGGAUUAAAAGUGCCUGAAACUACAGACGCUUGGCUUGACAAGGCAAUGAACCUAGAGCAAUGCAGAGAGAAGUGCUUGGAAAAUUGUUCUUGCAUGGCCUAUACUAAUUCAGAUAUUAGAGGGGGAGGUAGUGGUUGUGCCUUAUGGUUUGGUGAUCUAAAUGAUAUCAGAUCUUAUGCAUCUGGAGGACAGGAUCUGUAUGUUCGAAUGCCUGCUUCAGAAUUAGAAUCUGGGAACAAUAAAAAGUUGAUAAUGAUCGUUGCCAUCGCCGUUGCUGUGAUUUUAUGCAUGCUUUUAGUGGGGGGCUAUCUCAUUUGUAAAGUCUACAGGAAGAGGAUUGAGAAAUCAAAAAAUGCAGAAGUUGAGAUUCAAAACAAUGAAAGAGAAGAUCUAGAUCUCCCACUGUUUGACCUUCCAAUAAUAGAACAAGCCACCGAAAAUUUUUCAGAGAAGAACAAAAUCGGACAAGGUGGAUUUGGACCUGUAUAUUGGGGAAAGUUAUUAAAUGAACAAGAAAUUGCUGUGAAGAAGCUUUCAAGAAGAUCGGAACUAGGAUUGAUUGAAUUCAAGAAUGAAGUAAAAUUUAUUGCCAAACUCCAACAUCGAAAUCUAGUAAAACUUCUUGGCUGCUGCAUCCAUGAACAAGAAAAGUUGUUGGUAUAUGAGUACAUGUCAAAUAGAAGUUUGGACUCCUUCAUUUUUGAUGAAACCAAAAGGAAAUUGUUGGAUUGGUUUGAGCGCUUUCACGUUAUUAUGGGUAUUGGACGGGGUCUUUUAUAUCUUCAUCAAGAUUCAAGGUUACGGAUAAUUCAUAGAGAUUUGAAGGCAAGUAAUAUUUUACUUGAUGACAAGUUAAUCCCAAAAAUAUCAGAUUUUGGGCUAGCAAAAACUUUUGGAGAAGAGGAAAAAGAAGGUAUUACAAAGAGAGUAGUGGGCACUUAUGGGUACAUGGCUCCUGAAUACGCAGCAGAUGGGCUAUAUUCAGUGAAAUCUGAUGUUUUUAGUUAUGGUAUAUUAAUGCUAGAGAUUAUUAGUGGAAAGAAAAACAGAGGAUUUUAUCUAGAAGACUCAACACACAAUCUUGCUAGUCAUGCAUGGUUACUAUGGAAAGAAGGAAAAGUUUUAGAAUUGCUUGACAAGAACAUGCAGGAACUGUGCAAUGUGUCAGAAGUAGUAAGGUGCAUUCAUGUGAGUCUGUUGUGUGUGCAACAAAAUCCAGAUGAUAGACCCACCAUAGCAUCUGCAAUUUUGAUGUUGGAAAGUGAAGUGGCACUCCCUGAACCUAAACAGCCUGGUUUCUUUCAUGGCAUGGGCUCAAUCAAAGGGCAUACUUCUAGCUCAUCAGGUCAGAAGGAAUGCAGCUCAACCAAUGAAAUGACAGUGAGUUUACUUGAUGCCAGAUGAAUUUGAUUGUGAUGGCCGUAAGUUUCAUGCAACCAUGCUUUAUAAUGUACACAUAAAUAAAUUGAUUGUUUGGAGAUUCUCUUU